UGUACAGUAAUUACGCAGUGGUGGUCGACCAUGUCGGUUGUUGAGUACUAAAGCUAGUGUUAGCCUCCCGUGUUUACCUCUCAUGCUUCUUUUGUGCUCCUUUUAUUGACACAGCAUGUCCUCAAUCCUUUAGUCGUUACUCAUAAGAGCCAACAGACCACGCCCAUUAUCCUGCUACCGCCUUAAAUGAACCCUUGCCCGUAGUAAAAAUCAGUUUGUAAGCCGUCAGUUUUGGUGUUGGUCAGUAUUCCAGCAUGAGGAGACAGACGUACAGCCUCAGCCAGAGACCGCCCCCACAAGAGGACGACACGAACCUCGCCUCCGGGAACGAGGGAGGGUUUUUCGCCAGGGGACGAGAGUUCGAGAGCAGGUACGUCAACCAUCACUACACCAAGGAGGAGAGAGAAGAACUCGCCAAGUAUGAAAGUCUGGACUACCUGCCCUCCCACUCUGUCGUCUACAAGAACUGGCUCAAGCGGCAAGCUAACAGGCUGGACUGGGACCGCUGGGUGAUGAUGGGACUGAUCGGCUUCACGGUCGGCUUUACCGGCUUCCUGCUGCACCAGGUCAUCGACGUCCUGGCCAACCUCAAGUGGGACCGGUCCAGAGACUACUUAGGGGAAGACCAGUUGUUGGUGACCUGGGGCUGGGUGCUGGGGCUUAGCGUCGCGCUGGUCAUCGUGGGAUCCGGGAUGGUCGUGUUCCUUGCCCCGGCAGCGGCAGGGUCCGGGCUCCCGGAGCUGAUUGGCUAUCUGAACGGGACCGUCGUGCACCAGAUCUUCAACAUUAAAACUUUCCUGGUCAAGUUCAUCUCCUGCGCAUGCGCGGUCGCCAGCGGGCUGCCAGUUGGACCGGAAGGACCAAUGAUUCAUAUGGGGGGUAUGAUAGGUGCCGGACUGGGGCAGUUCCGAUCCGGUACGCUAGGACUCCGGCUGCCAUGCUUCGCAAGAUUCAGGAACUCCGAGGACAGGAGAAACUUCAUCUCUGCGGGUGCGGGUGCGGGAGUGGCCUCGGCGUUCGGCGCGCCCGUGGGCGGGUUACUGUUCGCCAUGGAGGAGGUGUCCUCCUACUGGAACAUGAAACUGUCCUGGCAGAUCUUCUUCUGCUGCAUGGUGGCUACCGUCACCACCGACCUCUUCAACUCCGCUUUCGAGGGGUUCAUUUAUAAAGGCGACUUUGGGCUGUUCAAGGCGGAGAAGUACAUCAUUUUCCAGGUGAAGUCUGAGAUCGCAGUCAACAUCAUCGCCUUCGUGCCGGCGUUCGUGCUGGGGGUUCUCGGGGGGAUGCUGGGAUCGCUCUUCAACUUCCUGAACCUGAAGGUGGCGCGCUUCCGGCGCAUGCUCCUGGCCAAGACCUCGUCCUACUGCGGGAAGAGGCUUCUGCGCAUGUCCGAGCCGGUUCUCAUCAUGAUCCUGAUGGCCACUGCGGCGGUUUUCCUGCCUGCUGCCUUUGACUGCACGCCAGUGCGGUGUGAGGAGGCGGCCGCGGUGGCAACAGGCAACACCUACUCGUGCCUGGGCGAGACGUCCCGGCUGGACGUGGAACAACUCUCGGCGGUGGAGACGCACACCUGUCCGCAGCCGGGGGUCAGGAGCGACGAGAACGGGACUGAGUCGACUUUAAACGGAACAACGUACAAUCAAGUCGCCACCUUGAUGUUUGUUACCGGAGAGGAGGGUAUCCACCACCUGUUCUCCCGCGAGACUCACCGCCAGUUCGACUACGCCCCGCUGCUGACCGUCCUGGCGAUCUACUUCACCCUGGCCUGCUGGUGUGCGGGGUCAGCCAUCUCAAGCGGGCUCGUCGUGCCCAUGUUGUUCAUCGGCGGGCUGUACGGACGCGUGAUUGGUCAGCUGCUGGUGACGUUGUUCGGUGUACACUACGCAGACGGCAACAGGUACUGGGCCUGGAUGGACCCAGGGGCCUUUGCGCUGAUCGGCGCAGCCUCGUUCUUCGGGGGAGUGUCCAGGCUGACCAUGUCUCUCACCGUCAUCAUGAUUGAGAUCACGAACGACGUGCAGUUCCUGCUGCUGAUCAUGGUGGCCAUCAUGGUGGCUAAGUGGGUGGGCGACUUCGUGACGCACCCCAUCUACCACGCCCUGCUGGAGCUCAAGUGUAUCCCCUUCCUGGACGCAGAGCCCGUCAUCAUGCACGACGGACACGAACCGUUGAACCUGGAGCUGCAUUGUGCCGAGGAUGCCAUGUCCAGCCCUGCCCGCAUGGUGCACCUCGUGGAACCCGUGUCUAACAUCGCCCAGUUGCUUCUGGACACCCCUCACGGCGGCUACCCGGUGGUACAUGCCGAACAACCAGGGGAAGAACCAACCUUCUACGGAAUGAUCACCAGAAUGGAGUUGUGCGUUCUACUCCUUCACGAAGAAGUCUUUGACACCAAGGAGAUCGUCACAGAGGCUUCAUUUGACCAGGAGACCCUUCUGGAUUACAAUGUGGUGGCAGUACACAAGCUACAAGACCCUGAUGAACUGGACAAGCUGCUGACAAAGUACCGCAAGGACCCAAAGUACCAAACACAGUUUGUAAACCUGCAACCCUACGUCAACCAAUCAGCGCUCUGCGUGAGAGACAACUUCUCGCUACACCGCGCCUACAUCAUCUUCCGCACAAUGGGCAUGCGCCACCUCCCCGUGGUGGAUUCUGGGAAUCACGUGGUUGGCGUGAUCACGAGGAAAACCCUGAUGGGGUUUAGUCUAGAAGAACGACUCACGUCCAAACUUCAGUCCGAGCUAAAGCAAACCAUGAUGAUGAACGGACGUGCCUCCCUUAAAGAACUGACUGAGCAGAGUGAUGAUAUUGUGAUCAAGGCGGAAAACAAAAUGGUCUUUUGGGUUUAGUCUUGCAUGAUCAAGGAAAACAACGGACAUGGGAAAAGACAGAAAAAAUACAUACAUAGAUGGAGGAUCAGAAUCAACACGACAAUCAGUUUAAAGGAGAGAAACGAUUUCUUUUAGAAACCAGUAGGACGGAAUUCUAUACUAGUAUGUAUGCUGUAUAACAGCGUUUAUGGUGCUGUCCUUGGUGCUGACUGUCUCGUUGGUUAUAAACAUUGUUAUUUUUCACAUCAAUAAUCGGUACGUCGGUGCCGAGCAACCACCUUCCAGCUCUGUUUCUUAAGAAGCUUCCAAUACACUUCUGUCUACACGAGUUAGCGAUGAAGACUUUCGUAAGUUCAUCUUUAAAACCACUUUUCUGACUGUACUACCCACUAAAAGUGUCACAUUUUAGUAUGCCUUGACGUGUAGUGAAUUUCACUCAGUUCGGUUGAAAACCGACACUGAAAAAUUUGUUGACAACUUUGUUUU